GCUACGCGCGCCGUGUGCCUCGACUCGUAGCGCGCUACAUAACACAUGGUAAAUGGUCCGCGAACUCCCGCGUAAAUUGUGAUAUAUGCAUGCAGCAGUUCGAUUAAAUUUAGAUCACUUAGUUCGGAACAAUUCACGUAUUUAAAUUUUCAUAAAAAUACUAAAUAUACGUUUAGUUUAGGUAAAUAAAAAUGUAUUUGGUUUAGUGAUUUAUGGUCAACGCAAUUUUUUGUGUACUUGUUUCGUUAAGAAGUAUAAAAAAAUCAUCCCGUUAAAACUGUUUUUUUGCUCAUUUAAUUUUUUUCUUAUUUAUCCAUUUAUUUGAUCAACUAAAGUUUAUUGUUUAGGUCAAAAAAAUUCAAAACUAAUAUUAUUACGCUUAUUUCGAAAAAUAAAAACUAUUAAAAUCACAUAUAUUAACAAAUCAUGGCUCUAUUAGUUCUUAUCGCAGCCUUUAUCAAUUUAUCAUAACCAGUUAAACGUAAUUGAGAUAUGGUUCUGAAGGGUAUAGUUGUUCUGAUACAAAUGGGCAGCUAAAAGCUGAGGUAUGGCGGGGCCAAUUCGACAUCUGUCUACCUACCAUCAUGAGACUACUCCUUCUGCGUCUACGUUAAUAAACGAGAUAAACGUGCAGCUGGCGUUAUUUCGGGACCUCCUCAUCCAUAUUGGUCAGCCUCACGAUAGCCCAGAACUACGUGAAAGGGUGCGGCGACUGCGACGUACUUGUGUUGAAGCGACCAAGCAAACCAGCCAGCUUGUUCUUCCUACCUGUAAAAAGUCUAGUGGAGAAGUCUGUGCUGAACAGCCUCAAUUGGUGCUAUUAUACUUUAUGUCGAAUCUACUCUUGCGGGAACUUGCCAAGUGCCACAGGCUAGUUCAGCUAGUGCCGAUGGACAUGUCGUCAUAUUACGAAAAUCGCGCUGGACCAUCAAACUUCGGUAACGUCAUCAGUCAGAUUUUGUUGUGUAAGCAAAUAACGCCUGAUUUCAAUCAAGAGGAGCUAUGCAGUAUUGCCAAGGACACGCAGGAAAUUACGAGAAUAGUCACCGAUAUACAGGAAUUCCUUCCACAACACGAGACGCUUAGUCAUUUAGAGAGUAACAUCGCACUCAAAGGGGACGAAGUUAACGGCCUAUGGAGGAAUAAGCGAAGAGGUUCUCUUUACAAAGGCAUGGGAGUGCUCUGUUGCAUGUCCCGACCCAACUACCUCUGAGGGUAUCGAAUCUCGCCCACGCGGCGCCUCUCGGAAACCCAGGAGGAAUCAAGGUUUAUGGAAUUGGACGCUCAGUGUUCGUAAAUCAGUGAUUAGUAGCAGGUAAACGUAGUGUAGAAAUAAAGGGUCCAUUAGUUUGUCUAUCACGCUACUAGAAUCUAAUUCACGCAUUAUAGUCAAUAGGUCUUAGAGUAGUGAAUUGUCUGGAAAGGGAACAAUUUCGUUUUAAUUUUCCGAGCACACUUUACGUUAUUUAAAAUGUAUAUAUAAUAGUUAUAACCCCAAGCAGACUGAUUCUUUUAAACCUUCUCUUACCUCUACUACGCAUAAUAAAAUGUACUAUUUGUUAAGAAAUUAUGUUAAUGCGAAUUGAACAUCAUAUUUCUAUCCCUAUCAGAAAAAAUAUUUAUCUCUAAGCAUCUUAGAGACUAGAUCAAUUUUAUUAUUAAAUUGUCUUCCAAUAAAGUUCAUUAAUAAUUAGAUCUCAUUACUAUAAGUGAAUGUAUUAAAAUUUAUAAAUUUUUUAUCUAAUACUUUCAUUUUUGUUCCUAUAAACUCUCUCUUUAAGCUGUAUUGUGUAGUUCCUCAAAAAUUAAUAUUAAUUAUCACUUAGCUGUGAUAGGGCAACAUUAAAGAUUGAAAUGAAAAUCAAGAACAGAAAUGAUAAAAUGUCAAUAAAAAGUUUUAACCUUCGCAGUAUGGAUCUGAUCCCUGCUUCAUAAGCCUAUUUAACAAAAGCUCUUGCAAUCUGAAAUGUUGUCCUACCGAUUAAAUUGAAUAGAAAUACUCGUAUUAUAACCUAAAUAUUUUAUAAAUCAGGUUAAUUUUAUAAAUCAUUUUUAGCACUUAAUACGUAUGUAUGUGUGACGUAAAAUAAUAUUGCAUACAUGUUCAAUGUUAAGUACCGUACACUUAGGCUCUCAAUUAAGGUUUAAUUAAAAUUAUGGCCUAGUUAUAGCUUGGAUUUCUAGUCAAUUAUCAUAAUGUCCUUAAAAUAGUUCAUAAGGAUAUGUACCCGAAGCGAGUAUAAAAUAACUUAGAAAGUUAUUUAACAAGACUAGUUUGUAUAUAAUACACAUUAAAAAAUAUAAUAAUUUACUAACCGUAGGGCGUGGCGCAUAUUAAAUGGUUCAUUAGGACGUAUAGGCGGGUCAUAGCUACGCACUUAUUCGAACAGCUACGUCAUUCAAGUUUUUGCUACGCCAAUGCUACGAUAAUAAUAUUACGUAGAACUAUGGCUCCAAUUGUAUGUAGCAUAUCAUUCACUUAAAUAUUUUAUUAUAUAUUAUUUUUCAUGUGUUGAAUGUUUAUAAUCUACUAGCUACCUACGACGCUUGCACAAAGUGUUUGAAUCUCAGUUGAUCAAUUUACAACGACAAGGCCUGUAUACGAUCUCUAGUAAAACAAUAUUAUUAACGUUUAGUUACACCAAUCUAAAUCAUCAGGUGAGACAUAUAAAGAAAGAGAUCUGAAACGCAAAUAUAUCUGUGUCCCAAGUUACUUAAAUUA